ACUGAUGGUUGUCAGCUGACUGACCAUUGGGAGGGAGGGGCUUGAGUCGGUGAAGCAAGAAUCCCGCUAAUCCCUUUGAUCCUGGAAAUACCAAGCAAAAGGAAAGGGCGAUACCGCGCUUUUUUGUGCAGCGGUAUUUAUCAGGUGUUGGACCAUCAUGACUCGUGAGGACUGAAGAACAGCCACCAUGAUUGGAGGACUGUUUAUCUACAACCAUAAGGGAGAGGUUCUUAUCUCCCGUGUCUACCGUGAUGAUAUUGGACGCAAUGCAGUGGAUGCGUUCCGUGUGAAUGUGAUCCAUGCGCGGCAACAAGUGCGCUCACCAGUCACCAACAUUGCCCGCACCAGCUUCUUCCAUGUCAAGCGGGCCAACAUCUGGCUGGCGGCCGUCACCAAGCAGAAUGUCAACGCUGCCAUGGUGUUUGAAUUCCUCUACAAGAUGUGUGAUGUCAUGGCUGCCUACUUUGGCAAGAUCAGCGAGGAGAACAUCAAGAACAACUUUGUGCUGAUCUACGAACUGCUUGAUGAGAUCCUUGAUUUUGGCUACCCUCAGAACUCUGAGACCGGAGCACUGAAAACCUUUAUCACCCAGCAGGGAAUCAAGGGCCAGCAUCAGACCAAGGAGGAGCAGUCUCAGAUCACCAGCCAGGUGACUGGGCAGAUAGGCUGGCGUCGAGAGGGCAUCAAGUACCGCCGUAAUGAGCUCUUUCUGGAUGUGCUGGAGAGCGUUAACCUGCUCAUGUCCCCACAAGGUCAGGUGCUCAGCGCGCACGUCUCUGGCCGGGUGGUGAUGAAGAGCUACCUGAGUGGAAUGCCCGAGUGCAAAUUUGGCAUGAAUGACAAAAUUGUGAUUGACAAGGCGGGAAAAGGCGCAACUUCAGAUGAAGCAGGCAAGAGUGAGUUAGGGGGAAGCAGUGGAAAGCAGUCCAUAGCCAUCGACGACUGCACUUUUCACCAGUGUGUGCGCCUCAGCAAGUUUGACUCGGAGCGCAGCAUCAGCUUCAUCCCUCCAGAUGGCGAGUACGAGCUCAUGAGGUAUCGGACCACCAAGGACAUCAUCCUGCCCUUCCGUGUCAUUCCACUGGUGAGGGAGGUGGGGCGCACCAAGCUGGAGGUGAAGGUGGUCAUCAAGUCCAACUUUAAGCCCUCUCUGCUUGCACAGAAGAUUGAGGUCCGCAUCCCGACUCCUCUGAACACAAGUGGGGUUCAGGUGAUCUGCAUGAAGGGAAAGGCCAAGUACAAGGCCAGCGAGAACGCCAUUGUGUGGAAGAUCAAACGCAUGGCUGGAAUGAAGGAGUCCCAGAUUAGUGCUGAGAUUGAGCUGCUGCCCACCAAUGAUAAGAAGAAGUGGGCCCGUCCACCCAUCUCUAUGAACUUUGAGGUUCCGUUUGCACCUUCUGGACUGAAGGUGCGCUACCUGAAGGUGUUUGAGUCCAAACUGAACUACAGCGACCAUGAUGUGAUCAAAUGGGUGCGUUACAUUGGUCGCAGCGGCAUCUACGAGACACGCUGUUGAUGAGCCACUGAACAGAUGAAAUCCUCCUUUCUCUAUCUCUACCUACAGUAUAUCCAUCCCCCCCAUUCCUCUCCCGAUUUGUGGAUGAAUUAUAAAAAAAAAAAACACUGCAAAGCUCAAAAGAAAUAUGCAAAAUGUGAACGCUUGUUUUCUCUGUCUGUCUGUAUACUGAGUGACCAAAUGAACUGGUUCAGUGGGCAAAUGGGGACUGAAUAGUUAGACCAGGAGGCUUCUCCCUCUGGGGCCCCCUAGUGUUGGGGGGCCCCCCUCCUUCUCAGCCACCCCUCUUGCCUGGACCAGUGUAGCAGGCCUAAGUGAUGUGACUUGGCCACUGAACCCAUUCAUUUAGAGCUCCACUUUUGUGGGUUGUAAUCUGUGGUUGCCCCUUAUUGACUUUAUCAUACCUUUUAGUGUCUGUGUAUGAUCUCGCUUUCAGUGGUCAUUGUCUAGUUCAGUAUAAAAUACAUCAUGGAAACAGA